AUGAGUUUGAAAAAAGAGUGGCAAGCGUGGACAAAGUUGAUGGAUUCAAGCAAAGGAGUGUCGGGGAUAAGGUUUGACAAUGACACUAGUAUGUUUCAGGCACCUGAGAAGUGGUGGGACAAGAUGGAAUCGGUAAACAAGGUGUGUGCCAAGUUCAGGAAAAAAACUUUGGAACAUCGUGACUUGAUGGAGACGGUUUUCAUCGAGGCAUCAGCUACUGGUAAGCACCAUUGGACACCGGGAGAGAAAGUUCCUGAAGAUGCCGAUGACUUAUCUGACUCUGUGCACAGUUUGGGAGCGCAGCCAUUUGCUGAUCCGAUACCCGCAGGAGUACAGGAUGUGGACUCAGAUUAUUCACUUGAACCUGUUCCGAUUGAAAAGGGAAAAAGAAGAAAGACGCCGUCAACAAGUGUUUCGAAGUCGAAAAAGCAACAAGUGGAACGUCAAUUAUUGCGGAAAGCAUCAACAACCUAA